AUGACAAAUGGGAGUUUUCUGAGUGUGAGGCAUAGAGCCCUAACCAAUUCAUGCAAGUCAAGAAUAUCAAUGGGAUAUUUUGUUGUACCACCUCUAAACACCAGGAUCACUGCACUACCACAAAUGCUGUUAGCUAUUAGGUCUUCCUUGCACAAGCCCUUCACUUGGGUUGAUUAUAAGAAAGGGGAUUAUGAUUUAGAUUCCAUAGUUACUGCUGCUUAUGGAAAGAAAUCAAGUGGUUGCUAUAGACGUAACUUGAGACUCAGGGAAAUGAAGAGUGAAGAGAAAAAAUCAGAGAGAGCAACUACUAUGAAGGCUUUAGGUGGAUAUAAAGAUGAAAAGGAUGAGCCAUUUUUCCUUUGUUUCCUUAAUCUGAUUUAUAUAUAUCUGCAUUGGUGGAUUUACUUUUUGCUUAUUCCUUCCCUGUCAUUACAGAUCAGAACGGUGAAAGUCAGCAAUGCUUCCUUAGGUGCAACAGAGCCAGUUAUAAAGGACUUCUUUUCUUUUUCUGGUGAAAUUCAUUAUGUUCAAUUGCAUAGUGACAAUGAGCAAUUGCAAAUAGCAUAUGUCACCUUCAAAGAUCCACAAGCGGCAGAGACUGCUGUUCUUCUUUCGGUGGGGGCAACAAUAGUUGAUCAGUCGGUUAUUAUAGAACUGGCUCCAGAUUACCAGUUGCCAGCUGCUGCUUCAGUCCCAACUACUGCAACAGUGAACACAACUGCAUCUGGUGGUGAAUCUGCUGUCCAGAAGGCUGAGGAUAUUGUAAGCAGCAUGCUUGCCAAGGGCUUCAUUCUGGGGAAAGAUGCCCUCAACCAAGCGAAGGCUUUUGAUGAGAAGCACCAGUUCACAUCAAGUGCCACCUCUAAAGUUACUUCUCUGGAUAAAAAAAUUGGCUUCAGAGAGAAAAUUAGUGCUGGCACAACCCUUGUAAAUGACAAAGUGAGGGAAGUAGAUGAGAAGUUUCGAGUAUCAGAGACUACGAAGUCAGCCUUUGUAUCUGCUGAGCAGACAGUCAGCAAUGCGGGAUCUGCUAUAAUGAAGAACCGUUAUGUGUUAACAGGUGCUUCAUGGGUUACUGGUGCAUUUAACAGAGUUGCUAAGACAGCAGGGGAAGUGGGGCAGAAGACGAAAGAGAAGGUUCUGGCUGAGGAGGAACGGAGUCAUAGAGCUGAAGGCUAUACCCAAAUUCACGAGUCUGACUCUCCAAAUAUGAGUGAGCAAAUAUCCAAGAGCUCACAUUAA